UAUUCAGAAGUCUGUAUUUUUAAUGUGUUUUAAAGACAUCUUGCAAAAGGGGGGCCUUGGUCAAAUGUUAAUGCCAUUUGGGGGGCCUUGCCCUGGAACAGUUUGGGAACCCCUGGACUAGUUCAACAAAGACUUCAUAUAAAAACCAUAAUGAACUUUCUUUUACUUUCACACUAUCUGUUGUUACCCAGAUGAGGACGGGUUCGCUUCUUAGUCCAGUUCCACUUAAGGUUUCUUCCUCAUAUCAUCUUAGGGAGUUUUUCCUUGCCACCGUUGCCACCGGCUCGCUCAAUAGGGAUUAAUCCACACACUUAAAAUCUGUAUCCUGUGUUUAUAUGUUUCCGUAAAGCUGUCCAUUGUAAAAAGCGCUAUACAAAUAAAACUGAAUUGAAUUGAAUUGAAACCCACGACUGGAUAUACUAACCACAAACUACCGUCAAACCCAUCCCUCAGAUCCCUAGUUUGUUGUACUAGAAAUCGAUUUGAGACGCACCCUAUAAUGAGGACCCAAGACAACCAGUGAAAGACACACGUGCGAAGUUCGUCUCUAAUGUCCCGAAUUCGGUUUGUGAGGAAACCCCGGGCAUCAUGAUGGUUUAACCUGAUCGAUACGGUCUACGAUGGAAGACAUUUGAACCCAUUAACGUUACUGCAUUAGAUUCACAGUCUGGUAUCAUUCAAGAGCUAGCUGAUGUAGCUAAUCAUGAAAUUUGGCAUGGAAUGGAAUAACGCUGUGAUCCGGAACUGCUGCGUGUGGUAACGAUCACACAAGAUCAUACGGGAUCACACGGGACAGGCGCAAAGUCCGCGUAGGAAAACAUCGACUGAUAGUUGACGUUACUGUUGGGUCUGGGGUUUUUUUCCAGCCUAAUGAUGGCCUCCUUCAAUUUCAUCGACACCUCUUUGGACCGUAUAUUGAGAGCUCCCAUGAACAUCUACCAAAUAUUCUGCUGAAGACAUGCCUGUGCCUGAGCGCUGAUUCACACAACAUGACAACCGAGGCGUCUGUCUCCUCCGCUGGUCGGUCUCAGAUUGCUGGAGGGAACACUGUGCAAAGGGACUACUACUACUUCCUCCGCUCCUUUGUAGCAGGAGGUGUAGCAGGAUGCUGUGCCAAGACCACUAUUGCACCUCUAGACAGAGUGAAAAUUUUACUUCAAGCUCAUAAUCCUCAUUACAAACACUUAGGAGUGUUUGCUACACUCAGGGCUGUACCAAAAAAAGAGGGCUUCCUCGGGCUCUACAAAGGAAAUGGGGCCAUGAUGGUCAGGAUCUUUCCAUACGGAGCCAUUCAGUUUAUGGCCUUUGACAACUAUAAAAAGUUCCUUAGUACGCAGCUUGGUAUAUCUGGGCAUGUUCAUCGGCUGAUGGCUGGGUCUAUGGCAGGAAUGACUGCAGUAAUUUGUACUUAUCCUCUUGAUGUUAUUCGUGCUCGCCUGGCGUUUCAGGUGACCGGGGAGCAUGGAUACACUGGCAUAGGAAACGCCUUCCAGACCAUCUACCUUAAGGAGGGGGGUAUCCCUGGGUUCUACCAUGGUUUAAUUCCAACCAUCAUUGGCAUGGCUCCCUAUGCAGGAUUUUCUUUUUUUACGUUUGGAACGUUGAAGAGUCUGGGACUGGCUCAUUUCCCAGAGCUCCUGGGAAAGCCGUCUCUGGACAACCCUGAUGUCCUGGUUCUGAAGACACACGUUAACCUGCUAUGUGGAGGAGUAGCAGGGGCCAUCGCUCAAACUAUAUCAUAUCCUCUGGAUGUUGCCCGGAGGAGAAUGCAGCUGGGAGCAGCACUCCCUGAUGCCGACAAAUAUCUCUCCCUUACAAAGACCCUUAAGCAUGUAUAUAAUCAGUACGGGAUUAAAAAGGGACUGUACCGUGGCCUGUCUCUCAACUACAUCCGCUGUGUACCUUCGCAAGCCGUUGCCUUCACCACUUACGAUUUUAUGAAGCAAGUCCUGCACUUGAACUAGAGCAGGUAUCUUCACCUCCACACCAGGAACAAAACUGUACACAGCUUCUGGGAGUGUUGUAGGAGCACUGCUCACCAUGUUCACAUGUGGAUCAGGGGAACAUCACUUAACACAGAUCACUGGAAAUGAUCUGCCAAUGACACAAUGGUUGCACUGAACAAUCCACCUUAAUCAUUCAGAUUUGAUUACGUCUUGUGUGAGUAAAACUAGUGACACAAAGCCUAUAUUUCUCCUGGCUGCUCUACACGUUUAAUACUGAUUAUAUACCAGUAUGUGAAAGCAUGUGAGCAUGACUGAAAGGGGAAUUAUGAUUGUCUUCUCAACAUAGAGUUAGUACUUUAUUUUUCAUUAGGACACACUGCUUUAAAUAGUGGCAUACACUCACCAUCCACUUUAAUAGGAUCAUCUGUGCAUCUGCUCAUUUAUAAAGUUAUCCAAUUAGCCAAUCAUGUACAAAAUCAUGCAUGUCAAAAGAUUCACAUCAAAUAUCAGAAUGGGGGAAAAGUGUGAUGUCUGUGACGUUAACUGUGGCAUGGUUGUUGGUACCAGAUGGGUUGGUUUGAGUAUUUCAUAAACUAUGUAAAUCUCUGGAGAUUUCCACACACAACAGUCUCUAGCACACAGGAUGUUUUUUUUUGUUUGUUUUUCGCACCAUUAUGUGUAAACUCUAGAGAAUGUUGUGUGUGAAAACCGCAGGAGAUCAGCAGUUUCUGAAACAUUCAAACCAGUCCUUCUGGUACCAACAUCCAUGCCACGGAUAAAGUCACAGAGAUCACAUUUUUUCUUCAUUCUGAUGUUUGAUGUGAACAUUACCUGAAGCUCUUGACCUGUAUCUGCAUGAUUUUAUGCAUUGUGCUGCUGCCACAUGAUUGGCUGAUUGGAUAACUGCAUAAAUGAGGUGUUCUUAUUAAAGUGGACAAUGAGUGUAUAUUUUCUGGAUUCCCACCGUGUACCCCGAACGAAUUCUGUAGAGCCUGAUAUGGUUCUACUUAUAGUAUUUCUACUGAUUAUUUUCUCUAGUAGACUCUCUUUCUGAGAGCUUCUAAUAGUAGAUUCUUGUUUUUUUAUGUUAUUUUUCUAUGUAAGUUAACCGUAUGUUGUAGCAUCUUUACAGAGGUGUAGAACAGCAGAAGGUUCAGUGUCAUCAUCCUGUUCAGUGCUCUUUUGUUUGCUUCCACUUGAUGGCAGUCUUAUCCUGAAACAGCAAUUUAACAGCGAAUUAUCUGUACACCAUUCACCAUUUCAAAUUGUGUUUUUUAUUCAGAUUUUGUUUUGUUAUAAACAUGCUUUUACCUACAGAUGCUGCUCUGUCUGAUGGAAAAAAAGAUGAAAGAGAUUUAACUUGGUUAAAUAGAAAGUGUAACUUGCUUGCACAGCUUGUAUAUAUGGGGUAAAAUGAACAUUUAUUGUUAAUAUGCUUAUAUUUAUCGUUUUGUUUCAUGUCAUUUUCUGAAGUAAAUGUCUCGUAUUUCAUUUGUGGUAUUAGUUGUCCAUGAAUGAAAUCAUUAUAAUGAGCUCAGAAGAACUGCUCUGGGAAAUGUUUGUCUCAUUAUUAAUGUUGCAAUUGUAUUGGGAGACUGACAGAAGAAUGUAAUUAUUUAUGCGUUCAUGAGGAAUUUACUUUUUUAAAAAAAUGAAAUUAGAGGUGUGGAGUUUUACAUCAGGCAGAUAUUUAAUCAGUACAAAACUACUGAUCAGUGAAAACGAUCAUUUAAAGUUUGUUCAUGCAGUGGUUAUAUUUAAUGUAUAUUUCUAUUUCUGCAAAACGUCAUUUGAUCUGUAUGUGAUCCAUGUGUCGGUAUAUCAAUAAAGUGUCUGUAGAAAGAG